AUGUUCCCCGUGCUGCGUAGAGUCGGCCAGCUUGCACAGCAUUUAUCACCUCCCAGCUCCGUCCCAGGACCGUUCAGCACAAGCAUCUUCCGAAGCUUUUCCAUCCCCGCACCACCAUUCCCUGCCGCACGAAACAUGGCUACAGGAAACUCUGGCAAAAUCACCGAUUGGGUGGUUCCAACCGACAAAUCUGGAGAGUUCAAGCGUCAAGUGUCGGUCUUCCGAAACUGGAUCUCCAGGGAACCUGGAGCUCAGUUCCCACCUGAGAAAGACCGAUACCACCUCUAUGUCUCCUACGCCUGCCCUUGGGCGCACCGAACCUUGAUCACGCGCAAACUGAAAGGCCUUGAGGACAUCAUCACAUAUACAUCGGUGCAUUGGCAUCUAGGCCCACAAGGCUGGCGCUUCGCAGCCACGGACGAAAAUAUCCCUGGAGCCAACACCACCCCAGACCCAUUGCACAGCUCCUUCACGCACCUGCGCAACAUUUACUUCGACAACGAACCCAACUACGAAGGCCGCUUUACGGUCCCCGUCCUCUACGAUAAGAAGACAAACCGCAUUGUCAGCAACGAAAGCGCCGAAAUCAUUCGCAUGUUCUACUACGAAUUCGACGACCUCCUCGCAGACCAAUACAAGAACAUCGACCUCUUCCCGGAGGCCCUCCGGUCCCAAAUCGACGCCACAAACGAAUGGACUUACAACGACGUCAACAACGGCGUCUACAAGUCCGGCUUCGCAACUACCCAGGAGGCCUACGAGAAGGCCGUCACUACGCUCUUCUCCUCCCUCGAUAAGAUCGAGUCGUAUCUUGCGGGCUCCAAAUCCCCCUACUACUUCGGCGACAACAUCACCGAGACGGAUAUUCGGCUCUUUACUACGAUCGUCCGCUUUGACCCUGUCUAUGUCCAGCACUUUAAGUGUAAUGUCCGCGAUAUCCGAUCUGGGUACCCGGCCAUUCAUCAGUGGUUGAGGAGGCUGUAUUGGGAUGUUCCUGCGUUCCGGGAAACCACGCAGUUUGAGCACAUCAAGAAGCACUAUACGAAGAGCCAUUCGCAGAUUAACCCGUUCGGAAUUACGCCUGUUGGGCCGACGCCGGAUAUCCUUCCUAAGGAUGAGGAGGUGAGGGCUAUUGGGGGUGUCAAAAACUAA